AUCAACUCGCGCCAGAAUUUACUUACGUUGCCUCAGAAUCAUUACUGCAUAUCAAACAAGUACAUUUCUGUGGAAAUAAAUGUGUUGACACUGAAAGCCUGGAUAUGAAGCCCAAUGUCUGGAAUAUAAAGGAGAUGUUGAAUAUCCCCGCAACUUCUGGAGGGAUAAAAACUGCUAAGGGAACUAGUGACUACUCCAGCCUGAGUGACUCCCAGUUUCUGUUGGGCUCUCAAAUGUGGCCUGACAAUUCACAAGGGUUUACUCAGGAGAUAAGUGGACAGAGCAGAGGUUCUCAGCAUACUACCACACAGGAGAUGAAGGAAAUGAUGGUGUCCAGCAGUUAUAGUUCGAAGCCGUUUUUGUUUGGUGGUGAUGGCAAAAUCUCAAACUUCACUAGUAGCAAAUUUGUUGGCAUGUUGGACAAAUUUGAGGAGGAGAAGAGAAAAGCCAAAGAAAAAUAUGAAAGGGAAAUUCUCACUCAUGGAAUUCUACAAUUGCAGGAAUCUCUGGAAAAUACCAGAGAGACUUUGUUAAAUCGCAUUGAUGGAAGUAAUGACAUAACCAAACUUGUAAUGGAGAAAUUGGAUACUUUUUCAAAAACAAUUGAAGGUUAUUUAAACAGUGUGAAAGAAGGUAUAACAUGUCAGUUUGAGACUCUGCAGAGCCAAACACAAAUAGAUAUGGGAGACAGGGAUGCCAAGAGCAGUCUGGCUGCAGAAGAGUUGAGCUCAGGCAUGCUUAACCUCCAACAGGAUCUGGAACAUCUUAAAGCAGAGCAGAGCAAGGAGCAGGGCAUGCUGGGAAAAAUUCUGUCUCAGCUUAGUACUUUGAUUUCUAUUCACAAGCCGAUGACAGGACCUGGCUCUGCUAGAAUGAUUGACAGUGAGGUCCAGACAUCACCUGGUUUAUUAGAGAGGUUCUGUGUCAUAUCAGCUGAAAAAGAACACGAGAGCAAGAUUAUAUGCAACAGGCCUGUCAUUUAUUCAGGAAAAGCAGCAGAGCAGAACCAGUGUCCACUCACAACACAGAAGACACGAAACAGAAAUGCACACGCUCUGCCUGAAGAAAGACAGCAGACAGUCACAGAGGAGGUUUUCCCUGAUGCUUCGCAGAGUUUAUGGGGCACACAAUUAGUUGAGACCAGACCUUCAAGCCCACAUGUGGAUGUUCAGUCCACUGCAUCCAUAGAGGACCAUUGGGGACAGAAUGUAGACCUGAAGCCUGAAAAACCACUGCAUGUGAGAGAGAACCAAUUUGUCACUGAUGCAAUGCCACCACUGAAAGUACCUAAGAGGCGCCAAAAACCACUAAAUUAUAGGGGGAAAAAGAGAGCCCUGGUUCUCCCACAAAGACAGCCAGUGAGAAAAAAAGGAGCAAAUUUCUCAAAGGACAGCCAGCAGAAUGAAGACCUUCAGUGUGAACAAAAAGACAGAGUACCUUUGGCUUCUCUUGGUGACAACUGGAAAAUGACCAACAAGUCUGUUGCAGAGAAUCGCUUAAAACUACAGCAGCAAGCCACCGUAAAACCAGUCAGUAGGUGUGUAGCUGAACAACCACUAAACCCCUUCAGUUUGUGGUCUGAGGACACAGACAGCUCCCAAAUGAUGGUGGAAUACAAGAUGUCUGAAUGGGAAAAUGUGGUGCCUGAACCUAAAGCUAGUGUCAUAGAAGGAGAAGGUGGCCUCUGGCAGCUUUUUGACUUCACUAAUGACUCAGAAUAAGAUGCAGAA